UAUUAGCGGAGAGAAGAGAGAUUUUUUUUCGCCUUUCUCUCAGCUCCUUUCCCGCCUCGGAAUAAUUUUGCGUGUGUGCGUGUGGAUUCGAGUGGAUAUUUUCGUGUAUUUUCUCCCCUCUGUUUUUUUUUUAAAUUUCUCCUUACUCCCCCCCUCCCCCCCCCCGUCUCCUCCUCCUCCAUUUUCUCCGCUGCUUCUGUCUGUCCGUGUGUGUGUGUGUGUGUGUGUGGGGAGAGGUGGAAAAAAGAGAGAAGCACCGGCCGGAUUGAGGAGGAGAGGAGAGGGUAAAAGAGAGAGGAAAAAGCGCGAAGAGAAAGUUGGAUUGUCAGAGGGUCGGUCGGCCGGAGAAGUCGGCCUGGCGAAGGAGCGCAAGGAGGUGGAAGUCGGGUUUGAAAAAAGGCGGCGCCGAGGAGGUGUUUGCUGUUGCGCAGAGCACUGUGGUUUGGUUGCUGGAUCCCCCACAGAGAAUGAUAUGAGACGUGACAGAAGAAGACAAUGCACACAGUACCCACUAUAUAUGGAAGGAUAUGGAAGGCUAGUUUAAAUUUGCUGUUAGAUGGUCUUGACGAGGGAGCGAAUACACCAUUGUGCUUUGUUAAUAGAAUCCAAGUUAUCUGAAUCGUCAUCCCUAACUGAAUUCUCUCAUGAGGCAGACAAUUGGACAGCAUUGUCAACAGAUGACAUCACCCCAUUGACAGAAUCAAUGACAAGCGGAGAGACCUCAGCAUGCAAACCUUCAACCGUUCGGCUUGCUCCUUCAUUUUCGUUUCAUGCUGCUGGCCUUCAAAUGGCUACGCAGGUGCCUCAUUCUCACCAGCAAUACAGUGACCGUCAUCAACAAACUGUAAAUGACCAGCAGGUGCCUGCAUUAUCAUACACUGACCAACUUCAACCAACUGUAACUAAUCAGGUGAUGCCUGAUGUUGUCAUGUUGCAACGGCGAAUGCCCCAAACGUUCCGUGACCCUAUCACUGCUCCACUGAGGAAACUUUCUGUAGAUUUGAUCAAAACAUACAAACACAUUAAUGAGGUAUACUAUGCAAAAAAGAAAAGACGGCACCAACAGGGUCAAGGAGACGAUUCCAGUCAUAAGAAGGAAAGAAAAGUCUAUAAUGAUGGCUAUGAUGAUGACAACUAUGACUACAUAGUGAAAAAUGGGGAAAAGUGGAUGGACCGCUAUGAAAUUGACUCCUUAAUUGGGAAAGGUUCUUUUGGACAGGUUGUCAAAGCAUAUGACCGUGUGGAACAGGAGUGGGUAGCAAUAAAAAUCAUAAAGAACAAGAAAGCAUUCCUAAAUCAGGCACAGAUUGAGGUCCGGCUGCUUGAGCUGAUGAACAAACAUGAUACUGAGAUGAAAUACUAUAUAGUUCAUCUGAAGCGGCACUUCAUGUUUAGAAAUCACCUCUGCCUUGUCUUUGAGAUGCUAUCCUACAACCUCUACGACUUGCUUCGAAACACCAAUUUCCGCGGUGUUUCCUUGAACCUUACACGGAAAUUUGCGCAGCAGAUGUGCACUGCUCUGCUCUUUCUUGCUACACCAGAGCUUAGCAUUAUCCAUUGCGAUCUUAAACCUGAAAACAUCUUAUUGUGCAAUCCCAAAAGGAGCGCUAUCAAAAUAGUUGACUUUGGCAGCUCUUGUCAACUUGGACAGAGGAUAUACCAGUACAUUCAGAGUCGUUUCUAUCGGUCACCAGAGGUGCUGCUGGGAAUGCCCUAUGAUCUAGCUAUUGACAUGUGGUCAUUAGGUUGCAUUCUGGUAGAGAUGCACACUGGAGAGCCACUCUUCAGUGGUGCUAAUGAGGUGGAUCAAAUGAAUAAAAUUGUAGAAGUUCUAGGAAUCCCCCCAUCUCACAUUUUAGAUCAGGCUCCCAAAGCACGGAAAUUUUUUGAGAAGUUAUCUGAUGCCUCGUGGACAGUGAAGAAGACCAAAGAUGGCAAGAGGGUGAAUAUCAAGAGUAACAUUAAAAAAAUUGGAAACACAGAAUAUAAGCCACCUGGAACCCGAAAACUUCACAGUAUUCUUGGAGUAGAAACUGGUGGUCCUGGUGGACGUCGAGCAGGGGAGUCGGGUCACACUGUAGCCGAUUACCUGAAGUUUAAGGAUCUGAUCUUGAGGAUGCUGGACUAUGACCCUAAGACACGAAUAGCCCCUUAUUAUGCACUGCAGCACAGCUUUUUCAAAAAGACAGCAGAUGAAGGGACAAACACAAGUAAUAGUGUUUCAACAAGUCCAGCCAUGGAACAGUCACAAUCUACAGGCACCUCUUCUAGCACAUCCUCAAGUUCAGGUGGCUCUUCUGGGACAAGUAAUAGUGGAAGGGCAAGGUCAGAUCCAACGCAUCAGCACCGGCAUAGUGGUGGGCAUUUCAGCGGAGCUGUCCAGGCCAUGGACUGCGAGACACACAGCCCACAGGUUCGACAGCAGUAUCCUGUGGCAUUGGGAUGGACACCUGGUGAUGCCACUACGCAAGUCACGGUUGAAGCUCAUCCAGUUCAAGAGACAACGUUCCACAUUGUCCCUCAACAACAGAGUGCAUCACACCACCACCACUCUAACAGCUCUCAUCACCACCUCCACCACCAUCAUCACCAUCACCAUGGACAGACCAUGAGUACCCGGAACAGGCCUCGAGCUUAUAACUCCCCAACAAAUGGCGCUGCUGCCCAGGACUCAAUGGAAGUGGGACAUAGCCACCACUCCAUGACGUCCUUGUCUUCCUCAAAUUCCUCUUCGUCCACUUCCUCUUCAUCUGUUUCUGGCUCUCAAGCUUAUCACAACCGGCCUGUUGUUGCCAAUACUUUGGACUUUGCUCAAAAUGGCACUGUGGACGUUAAUUUGGGUACAUAUGCCAAUCCCCGUCAAGAGACGGGAGUGUCUGGCCCACAAGUGUACCAGUUCUCAGCAACAGCAGGUCCUGCCCAUUACAUGACAGAAGGGCAUUUGUCAACGCGGCAAGGAAUGGAUAGGGAGGAGUCUCCAAUGGUAGGUGUUUGUGUUCAGCAGAGUCCCGUCGCGAGCUCGUGACUACACUGAGAUGGGGUUUGUUUUUGUGUGUCUUCAAGGUGGGGGUUUUAACAAAGUGCAUUGAAAACAGUGCUGCUUUGGAACAAAGGAAACAGGAUUGGUAGGUCAAGAACGCAGAGCUGAUUAUAUUUUUUAAUUGAAAAGGAAUUUGCUAAUGGACUGUGGAGUCAAAGUGCAUAAGACUGGAUUCAUGCCCAGAAAUCACCUUACACGUCAUGUUAUGGGUCACCCAGAGCUGUAGCUUCAUCUUAAGCUACAAUUCUCUUACACAGCAUCCCGCUACCUGAGUUAGCACAACUUGGCAUGGGUGAAGUAGCAGCAUUAGUUUAAAAACCACCAGAGGAAUAAAAGAAAUGGAACUGCAGAUUGUUUUUCUGAACAAUCAACACUCUUCUGUCUUUUCUGACCUACUUUGUGUCAGAUUUUUAAAACAGAAGCCCUGGAAUAUCCUAACAUGGUCAUGUGAUGUGCUGCAACAGAGGAGGGCUUGAUAAAUUGGAGCUUGCUGCCAUCAGAGCAGCACGUGAACUGAAAGGACACUGUAAAUGGAAUUUCAAAAGCACAUCUGGCAUGCUGAGUGAUGGUUAGUAAAACAUCCUUGUUCUAAUCAGACAGAAACUUUGAGUGGAUAUUACUUUGGGCCCUCAUCGGUUAAAUCAUUCAAAGGCUUCUAAGUAGCGAUUGAACAUUAAUUUUGGUCCGAUCAUUAAGAUGCAGUGAGUGGCAAUCUUGGCCUGAUUGGCCAUUCUUGGCCUAAUGCUUACAUUUUUCUUAGUGGCUGUUUGAUAUCCUGGGCCUUUCGGUUUUGGACUUGAACUGAAAAAUCGUUUUAAGAGGCUGGGCAUCAUUUAACAUGCCAUUGUGCAGAGGUCAUUGAACUUUCAGAUAGUCCUUAAUUUUUAAAAACCAAGCAUGGGUAAUUAAUGAGGCCUUUGUUAGAGAAAACAAUAUGACCCUGUUGCACCUUUCUCUCUUCCGGUAAUGCUCCCCUGUGCCCCUUAUCCCACCCUCUGUUCCAGCAUCAGUUGCAGGAAUUGAAGAGGUCGUAUGUGCCACAUAAAUUACUUCCUCUGUUCAAUGGCACAAAAAUAACAAUCUCAACUUUCUUUGAAAACCCUACUUUCUUUUCUGUGUCCUACCCCAACCUGAGUUUUGUUUCUGGCCUUUCCUUCAGCACGUGAUUUCCCCACUAUUACUUUGCGCAAAGACAACUCCUGUUCAUUAUGAACAUUUUUAAAAUGCAGAAUUUUAUGUGACUGCUCUCGCCUCACGAUUAUGCUGUGAAUUUUACAAGAAUUUAUUUUCCUUUUUGAUAAUUUAUUGUACCAAAGCUGUUUUUAUAGCACAUAGAUGUCUGUAACCAAUAAUGUAGCAGUUCUGCACUUUUGACAAGGUAUAUUUAGAUCAUUUUUCUUUUAAAUGUUAAUUAUAAUUAUGGCUAUACCUAUUGCUUAACAAAACUGGAACUGAUGUUAGCUUUAUGCAGUCCUUUCAUAGCCUAAAUACGUUGUAGUUUCAUUUUACCCCAAAAGGGAUUCCUUAGAUACCUGAAGAAUAGUUUUUCAUUUUAUGCAAGUCCAGUCAUUAGUUAUUUGUUUGGCAGGCCUUGGGACCUCAAGUGUUCAUUGCUGCAGAACAGUUAAUUAGAUGAGGUCUUGUGUGGGUAAGUAGGUGGGAAGGACCAACCAUUCACAUUGCAGUUUUGUGCUAAUAUCCCUACAUUUUAAUGGACCACUCCGUAUACUGCGCAUGCUACAUGAGACCCAUCUGUGAAAUGUAUAGAUGGUACAAUCUCACUUGAGCCAAAAUAAGCCAUUUUAAAAUAAUCUAAAAGGGCACAAACUUUGGGCAGCUAUUGCAGUAUAACAUCUACAAUUAUGUGAUAUCUGCAAUCUCUUCAUAAAACCUGAAGACAAUAUGCCAUUAAAAAGGCUAGCCUAACUUGGAUUUUUUUAAUGUACAUAAACAAUAUAAGGGCUGCAGCCAUAUUUAACUAACAGAUCGGUUGAUGGCCUCUGCAACUGGUCCUUGAAAACAUAUAAUUUUCCUGUUGGUUUGUAAUCUGAAGUGGAUUUCUGUAAUGAAUGGAUCAAUGGCCAUUCUUUGAUCCAACUGGCUCAGUGCUCAGAAUGGGAAAAGCAGUCCACAUUCAGGCUGGAGAGUUAUUGGCAGCCUCAAUAAUUUAAAUCUAUUUUCACUGUGUAUGUAAUAGCUGGCCAAUGCCCAGAGAUUGUUAUUCUGAGCAAUCCAGUCAAAUAUUCAGUGGCUUUGACUUUCGUGUCAAUUGGCUGCUGGAUGUAGAUAUUUCUUUUCAGACUGGGCAAUUCUACAAGAUAUGGUUUCACUCAAAUCAACUGUUACGGUACAAACAUAAAACAAGAAUAAAAUAAGCAUCUUUCUGAUGUAGUGCAACUCUUAUCCACUCACUGCUGUGAAUGAAGAUCUAUCUUUGAAUAUUGGGAAAUGGAUUCCAAUGUGAUGGGACAUUGGAUAAUAGCUCUGUUGUGGGCUGAAUUCAUUUUUUAGAGGGAUUCCUGAUUGUUAUUUUUUAUUGCUGACCUGUUGAGGUGCAUGAAUCUCCAUUGCCACGAGUCUGGAGAUCAAAACACCAAGGCUGCAGAAGUACAGCAUACUGUGUUAUGAUGCUGUGUAUUGGAUCUUAAAGUUAGGAUCUUAGAUACUAAAUAGCAAUGAUCGAUACCGACUUACUCUUUACCUAAGCUAGGAGUAUUUAAUGCUGUGUCAUCAGCUGUCAAACUAAUAAAUGCCAAAUACAAAUAGCUAAGAUGUAAGAUCAGUUUCAAACUCAACUAGUCAGAUUUGUAUCCAAAUCAUAACGGUUAACAUCUGUAUUAAAACCUGUCAUAAUAUGCACACUUUUUUUCUUGCGUGCGUGACUCAUGCCUUGUGUUUGCGUGUCUCAUUUGUGUCUUGGCAUUACCUUGUUCUAGGCACUCUCAUUUCAGAAUGCGCUCUUGCUCACGUUUCUCCCUUUUCUCUCCUGUCUCGCCUAAAUUAACAGUCCAGUUUUGUUUGCUUGACUACACAGUUUGGUUACAGGACUUCUGACUGUGCAUUGUAUACAUAAACAGCAUGGAAAAAGGUUAAGUACCUGUGUCCAGAGAUUGUAAGACCUAGUCAAGACUUGCUGUGUAUAUUGUAAUAUGUUAAAUGACAAAAGACAAGCCCUUUGUAUUAUAGUCAUGCAGUCUUAUGUAUGAUAAAUUGAACAAUUGGUCCUCAU